AUGCUUGGGUUGGUGCCCCUCCUGCUUUCAUGGAUUUGUAAUCAACUCUUCUCAGCCCGCAUUCAAGUUGGCACAAUCAAGAUCUUAUCCUUGGCCUUACAUGAUCUCCGCAUCUCCAAGGAUGGACUCAUUGUUGAGGUGGAACGGCUGAAAGUGUCAUCCAGCUUCCUAAAGCGGAAUGUGACCCGUCCACUGACACUGACCUUGAGUGAUGUUCGCGUGGAAAUUGAUCUGAAUCAUAGGAAGGCAAUGAGAAGAGUUAAAACUUCUUCCAAUGGUGUUUCAGGCCCUGUUGCUAUUGAUGUCCCACCCUGGGCCCUCAGUCUUGUUCAAUUUGUUGGGUUGGAGGUGGAACAGGGGAGCAUCAUGCUAUUGAAGAUGCCCCACCCCGAGGGGAUGCUGAUUGUGACUGGUACCUCCCUUGAUGUCUACGGAACAGUCACGUCCCCCACAAAUGGUACUGUCAUCCUUACCCUCAAGACCUUUGCCUUUCGUCUCCUCCAGGGUCAUUCAGCACCGUGCCUCGGAGAAGUCUCAUGCUCCAUCCGCCUGGAGACCCAAUUCACCACUGACACUGGUCUACAAGUUGUGGAUGUGAAAUGCAACGUCCAGGACUCAGACAUGUCAAUAAAUGAAGGCAUCUUGACCUUCCUUGCUGAAACCAAACCUGCCCUUCAACAAGACAUAGAUGAAAUUCCUGCCCUUGAGAUGGAUCGAUCUUCUCCAAGGUGGAUCAGCCUGGUUCCACGGAACCUUGACCUCAUUGUAACAUCCCUGUCGGCAGCAGUGACUGAGCGCGACCGAAACCAGUCUCUUGGUCUACAUCUCAGCCAGAGCGUCUUCACCUAUCAUGUUCAAGACUGGGUGGAGCUCCUUCAGUCGACUGAGUGCAGCGUCUAUGUCCACCUAACGGCUUCAUCCCUGGAGCUGAGAGAUGGGCAUCUCAGCCUUGUGACUUGGAGUCACAUUGGGCACACGCUGGAACUCUUGCCCAGUACAGAGGUUGAGGCUGGUCUGAACAUCCAGUCCCUUCGUGUCAAUUAUUUCCACAGCACUGCUGCUCGCUGGCUGCCAAAGCUUCCCACGCAGAGGUCAAGCAACAAGUUGAAACUCUCCCAGCCCAAGCCCAUCUCUAGACGAUUCAGCAAAGUCACAGUGCAAUUUGAUUUGAAUGACAUAGGUGGCUCUCUGUCAUUUGAACCUGAUCAUGUCCUGAAAGCAAAUAUUGUCAGGAUCAAAUCAACAUUGGAGACUGACCAAGACUCCAAUUCAGUUGAAAUCCUGCUGGAGAGUUUGUCCUGUGAUUUGAGACAAUCACCCUGCAAGUCUGAUAUUCAUCCAAAGAAAUUCCACAUAUGGCAUGUACCCCUUUAUCUUGGGAAUGCUGUGAUCAAUCUCAAGCAGCUGUCUUCUUCACACUCUGUCAAGUCCUCAUUUGAGUACGUGCAGCUGGAAUGGAGUGAUCAACUGAUGGAGACCCUUUGCAUGAUUCAUGCAUAUUUGAUGCCACUUAUACCAGUUCGCACCAUGCAGCAGAAGGUGCAGGAGACCCCUGUUUCCCAGGAGACAAAGCAGGAAACCAAAGCUACCCAGCAGAUGACUCUGGAGAUGAGCAUCACCAACUUGAAUGUAUUUGUGAUCACCAAAGGUGACUACUGCCUUAUCUAUUGCCUGGACCGUGGAUCCUACGAUAGAUCUCACGACUCCCAGGCCGUGAGACUCAAAGGUUUAGCUGGGUCGUCGACCCUUGUCCGAACAGAUGGCAUCCCUUGUGUUGAGGCACAAGGCCUGGAGAAGAAGAUGGUGGACCUGGAAGCACUGAAGUGUGAGGUGUCGACCAAGCCGAGACUGAUCCUAUGUGAGUGCCGCCGGAGGACCAGCAUCCAGUGGCACACAACAAUGCAUCUUGCCUUGCUCCAUGCUCUCAAUUCUUUCCGCCAGUUGAUGGGUGCCAUCAUGUCCAAAUCUGGAGCUUCAGUACUUGAGGCAAAGGAAAGGUCUGAUGUAUCCAAAUCCCCAUGGGAAUUGAGGGCCAAGAUCUCUGGAAAUUUCUCCCUGCAGCUCUUGGUCUCCUCUGAUCAUACUGUGGAACUGAUCACUGGUAAGUAUCAUGAAGGUGCAUCUGUUUUCUUCCUACCAGAGGAUGUAAGCAUAAUGAAAGGGGCAGAGGUUGAUGUGAGGAGCCCUGUGAUGCAGCUGUACAUGGAUGGCCACAGAAUCCUCUCGGUGACAAGCCUGCAUUUUGCAUCUGCAUCCCAUGAUGAGGACCUUGAAGCAGAACGACUCACCUUUGAAGAACUCACCCUUCCUGCCAACAGGACGUGGAAAUGGAGUGUUGCAAUGAUCCACGUCGUGUUUCCGUAUGAGUACAACUUCGCCAAAGCAUAUUCAGAGAAGCUGGUUGGCGUGAUAAAAUGGUUGAAGCAAGUUCACAAACGGACAUCCGAGCCAUUUCGGCACAAUGCCCCUCUGCCACCUGACCUCAGCAUCAAGGUGAAAAGCUUUUUGAUGGAACUGUGUGAUGACCCAUUUGAAGUGAACCUGCAUGAGAACUACAUCCUCAUGGAAGAUGAAUCCAAGGAAAUCACCAAGCGGGAGAAUGUCCUUGAAGCCAAGUAUCGGGAACUGACAAGGAACCAUUUUUCCACGGAUGCAAAGUGGAAAGAGCUGUUGAAACAGCUGCAGCACCGCAAUGCUGAGAUCUACAUCCAGAGAUCGCGGAAGAUAAGGGAGAUGGCUCCACCUCGCACCCAGCUCCUGGGGUGGGAGAUGACUGACAUGGAUCUACUCAUCAUGGCUGAUCCAGACUUCCAUGGUGUGACCAAUGCCAUGCGACACAUGGUAGACAUUGACCCAGACAGUCCCCUGCCAGCAGAUGGGCUGAAUUUCUCAAUUCUCUGGUGCCGCACAGUGAACCUGGACUGCAAGAAUGUGGGCGUGACCCUUCGGGAUUACCCCCAGUCCUUGAUCGACUUCACCGACUUCCACCUGUGGGGGCGGCUCCUUGGUGCCGAGCAGAAACCCACUUGGAGAGCGAUCCGUACGUGUGCAGUCGAGGUUGGGCACCCGUGGGAGAAUGCAACCGUGGAGAGGAGUAUGAUGCCACUCAAAUUCUUUUAUGACUUCAGCUGUGAUGUUGGGAGGCUCUCAUUUGCCUAUGGACCGUGUUGGGAACCUGCUCUUGCCCAGUGCAAAUAUUCCAAUAUUAUCUGUUUGGAUGAAGCACUUGCAGUAAACGUCUUUGGUGCAAAUGCCAUGCAGGUGAAUGUGGCUCUGGAGUUCAUCAAUCGACCAUCGCUCGACAGCUCCCCUCUGCUACCCUGGUGGGACAAGUGUCGUCUGCUGCUCCAUGGGCGCCUCACGCUUUCGGUGGAGCGGAUGACCCUCCUCCUGCAUGCAUCACGUGACCCAUACAACACAACUGAGGAGAUGGAACUUCGGUGGACUGACCUCAGCUUUGACUGGACCAAUGGAAGUUAUCCCUUCCCUCUUCUGGAGAUUUGGUUUAUGGGUUUCAUGCAGUAUUUUUGGAUCCUUUAUUCAUGGAUUGUGUCAAAGAUGGAAUGGGUGUGCCUGUCUGACCCCAACGACCACCACGUUGUGUCGCCUUGCAACCCCGAACGCAGGACCGAGUAUUCGAGCAACCCAGAGCACGAUUCGUACCGGGCUUUCCGCUCGCAGAACCUCAACCUCAGCCUCUCGAUGGAGACAAAACCCAUCCAGGGGGAUCUCCCAUCGGCACUCUUCUUUGCCAGCACUUUCCGCUGGUUCGAGAACCUCAAGUUCAUCUUUGUUUCUGCGGAGAUCCUCCUGAAGGGCUGUCUAGAUGUCCUGGUGCGCACGGCGUCCAAGUAUGAUGACUGUCGCCUUCUCCACUUGCCUAACUUGAAGAUUGUGUCGAAGAUGGAAUGGGUGUGCCUGUCUGACCCCAACGACCACCACGUCGUGUCGCCUUGCAACCCCGAACGCAGGACCGAGUAUUCGAGCAACCCAGAGCACGAUUCGUACCGGGCUUUCCGCUCGCAGAACCUCAACCUCAGCCUCUCGAUGGAGACGAAACCCAUCCAGGGGGAUCUCCCAUCGGCACUCUUCUUUGCCAGCACUUUCCGCUGGUUCGAGAACCUCAAGUUCAUCUUUGUUUCUGGAGUGACUCGGCCGACACGCCGGGGCCCAUACUUCCAUCGCACCCGACCCCGAAAGGCUGCCCUGAGCCGCCACUACCACAAGGUGCGGUUCUCGCUGAGCCUGCACCAAUUUCACGUCUGCUACUGGAUGUCGUUCGCCCACCAGAAAGGAUUCGAGGUGAAGGGAGGACGACUGAGUCUGAGCUCGGAGCACGUGCUCGGCCUCACCCCCAUCCAAGACGGGUUGGUCCAUCGUCCCCGUGCCGACUGGUCCAUCGCAUACAUGAACUGUGAGCUGAGCGAUUCUGAAGUCUGGCUUCUCAGCUCUUUGACAGAUAACUUGCCCAAUGCUGAUGAGGAUCCCCAGCAGCAUGUUCGGACACCGGUUGAGAAGUGCUACUUCCUGAGCGUGAGCUGCAUGUCAUAUGGCCGAGAGGCCUCACUCCCGAUGAACGUGAUGCUACAGGCCGACCCCAUGAUGCGGGAGACACCUCGCCAUCGCCUGGUGGUCCACGACCUCCGGGCCGCCUGGACCACGUCUAACCGAGAUGUCGUCUUUGCCAUCUUUGACGGACUGAUGAAGGCCCAGAACCUCCGCAAGAAUCUUUCCCGUGACGUGCUAAAGCUCUUCUGGACCAAUGAGGGAGCUGCGGAUGGCAGCAGUGGGAACAAACCCAGAACACACUCCCUCGAUGCAACUCCCAGCUCUGCUUCCCCUCCACCUGAGGGAGUGUCCUCACUGAGCCGGCUGUGCGGCCCCGGGUAUGAAGGUAGCGUGGGCUGGGGCUUUCCGACGGGACUCGGCGGUGAUGGUGUUCCACGCCAAGAGCGACUCGGACGUGGAAUUCCACGUCUGCUACUGGAUGUCGUUCGCCCACCAGAAAGGAUUCGAGGUGAAGGGAGGACGACUGAGUCUGAGCUCAGAGCAUGUGCUCGGCCUCACCCCCAUCCAAGACGGGUUCGGACACCGGUUGAGAAGUGCUACUUCCUGAGCGUGAGCUGCAUGUCAUAUGGCCGAGAGGCCUCACUCCCGAUGAACGUGAUGCUACAGGCCGACCCCAUGAUGCGGGAGACACCUCGCCAUCGCCUGGUGGUCCACGACCUCCGGGCCGCCUGGACCACGUCUAACCGAGAUGUCGUCUUUGCCAUCUUUGACGGACUGAUGAAGGCCCAGAACCUCCGCAAGAAUCUUUCCCGUGACGUGCUAAAGCUCUUCUGGACCAAUGAGGGAGCUGCGGAUGGCAGCAGUGGGAACAAACCCAGAACACACUCCCUCGAUGCAACUCCCAGCUCUGCUUCCCCUCCACCUGAGACUGGAGAGCCAAUAAACACAUCCCUCAGCGCCCGGCUGAGCACUGGGACAGGUGCAGUGGCCACUCCAAGCCCCCUUGGCAAGCUCCAGUCCAGCCAUGCUGCUGCAAUGCUGCAGAAACUGAUUGCUGAGGGGGGGAAUGCUGUUGCUUUCAGAGUGACUCGGCCGACACGCCGGGGCCCAUACUUCCAUCGCACCCGACCCCGAAAGGCUGCCCUGAGCCGCCACUACCACAAGGUGCGGUUCUCGCUGAGCCUGCACCAAUUCCACGUCUGCUACUGGAUGUCGUUCGCCCACCAGAAAGGAUUCGAGGUGAAGGGAGGACGACUGAGUCUGAGCUCAGAGCAUGUGCUCGGCCUCACCCCCAUCCAAGACGGGUUGGUCCAUCGUCCCCGUGCCGACUGGUCCAUCGCAUACAUGAACUGUGAGCUGAGCGAUUCUGAAGUCUGGCUUCUCAGCUCUUUGACAGAUAACUUGCCCAAUGCUGAUGAGGAUCCCCAGCAGCAUGUUCGGACCCCAGUUGAGAAGUGCUACUUCCUGAGCGUGAGCUGCAUGUCAUACGGCCGAGAGGCCUCACUCCCGAUGAACGUGAUGCUACAGGCUGACCCCAUGAUGCGGGAGACACCUCGCCAUCGCCUGGUGGUCCACGACCUCCGGGCCGCCUGGACCACGUCUAACCGAGAUGUCGUCUUUGCCAUCUUUGACGGACUGAUGAAGGCCCAGAACCUCCGCAAAAAUCUUUCCCGUGAUGUGCUAAAGCUCUUCUGGACCAAUGAGGGAGCUGUGGAUGGCAGUGGUGGGAACAAACCCAGAACCCACUCCCUCGAUGCGACUCCCAGCUCUGCUUCCCCUCCACCUGAGACUGGAGAGCCAAUAAACACAUCCCUCAGCGCACGGCUGAGCACAGGGACGGGUGCAGCGGCCACUCCAAGCCCCCUUGGCAAGCUCCAGUCCAGCCAUGCUGCUGCAAUGCUGCAGAAACUGAUUGCUGAGGGGGGGAAUGCUGUUGCUUUCAGUGAGGACAUCCCUUCCCAGCCACGGGCUGAGACUCUCCAUGGGGUGGCUGCCUGCCAGAUGGAUGAUGUUGUCUAUGACAACUGGCUGAUUGAGCUGGUGAACAGCCAGGUACUGCUGAAGGGGUGUGAGACACAGGGAUACAUCAUUGUGAGCGCAAGCAAGGCCCAGAUCCACCAGCGGGUCCACCGUCCCACCUGGAAGAACCGGAGCCUUGUCUCCAAAAACUCCUGGAUUGGUUCCCUCGAGGGGAUGCAGUACUAUGCAACCGUGAAUGCAGGCCGCAAAAAUGCCUCAUCUGAGAACAUCAUGUGGUUGAGCAAGGAGCACAUCGGUGAGAAAGAUCUGACGGUGAUAGCAGAUGUCCCCGACCUCCCCGAGCUGGUUGGCAGUGGGCAGAGUGUUGGGGGUGUUGUCAGCCCCAUUGUUGGGGCCACCACCGAGGAUGCCACAGAUCUGGAUGACAUACAGCUGCAGCGAAUCGUGUCUCGGUGUCGCUGCGAGUUCUACUAUGCGAGCUAUGGAGAUACAAGCCUCGACCUGAGUGAGUUGGCUGAGGCUCCUCCGCCCCCAGGAGAUGACCUUAAUCUCUGGGGCACCCAGAGGGAACCCCAUGACUCCUUCACCCUCACCCACCAAGACCUGAAUGUUUCUACCAAUGCGCUCCAGUAUGCAAUGGUCCUGGACAUCAUCAACAACCUGCUUCUGUACAUGGAACCCAAGCGCAAAGAGGCGGGAGAUCGGCUCCAGCGGCUCCGCUUCCAGCUCCAGCUCACGUCCAUCGAAGACCAACGUGGGCCCAUCCUGGAGUUGCAGAAUGACGUCAGGCUCCUGACGCUGCAGCUGCGUCAGCUGGAGCGAUCGAGCUAUCUGGUGCAGAGAGAGCUCGACGCACUCAAGACCCCUGACCCAGUCAAGGAGAAGGAGUUGCAGGCUCUAGAGAAACAGAUCAAUGAUGCCAAAGAGCGACUCAUGAUCCAGAGCGAAGAGCUAGACAUGAAGCUGUCCGUGUACAAGGAGACGCAGCUGGCCGCACACAGGAAGUGGGGGCGGGUCAAGGGCGGAAACGAGGCAGUGAGCGUGGUGCGAUCCAGUGAGGUCUGCUUCUCCCAUGCCCAAUGGCGACUCACCGAGGCCGACGGCCAGAUCGGCAUCGCCGACCUCGUCCUUUCUGCCUUCUUGUACAAGAAGGUGACCAAGAGUGACGACUCGCUGGAGCACCUGGCCGAGCUGGGCUACAUCAACAUGAAGAACCUGAUCCCCAAUGUCGAAUAUAAGGACGUCCUCCGCCCCACUGAACUCCACACAUCUGUCCCCCUCGAUCGACAGCGAACCCUGCGAGUGUUCUGUCGGGAAAAGGCACCUGUGGGUGGGAUUCCCAUCAAGGAGCAUUUUGAGAUCAACCUGGCCCCUGUGACCAUUGCCCUGACAUACCAGUUCUUCAAGAAGAUGCUGAAGUUUUGCUUCCCUGAGAAGGAUCCUGAUCACUUGGAUGAAGAGAGGGAGGAUGGGGCCGAGAAGGAACCGCCCCCACCAAAAAAGAAGGGCAAGGGGAUUGCAUCCCGCAAGCACAAGGAUUCGGCCUUCUAUGUUCCCAUCAAGGACGAUGUUGAGAAGAUGAAGGCAUGUUAUGCUGAACGAGCAGAACAGAACAAACUGUUCGUCUACAUCAAGGUCCCAGAGGUCCCUGUGCGACUGAGCUACAAGGGCGAGAAGGAGAAGAACAUCGAGGAUGUGCACGACUUCACGCUUCUCUUCCCCAUGUUCGAGUACCACAAUGUGACUUGGACAUGGCUGGACUUCCUUUUGGCUGUACGCAAUGACACCAAGCGUGUCCUCAUCUCUCAAGUGGUGAAGCAGAAGUUGCGCUUUAUGCCACGCACCUUGAAUGAGGAUGUUCCACAAUCCCCCCAGGAAGAAGACAAAGCUCGCAUCAUCCUUGGAGACAUGGCUAGAGAUACCAAGACCUCCAAGAAAGGAUUCUUUCAUAGGGGAAAAUGAAGGACAUUGGUGUUUUUGAUUUUUUAUAAUUUUGCUAUCUGUG